AUGCCUGGAAGCGACGAGGCGAUGCGCUCUGUGACGCGUCGGGCGACAGUUGUGUCAACAUGUGGGACCUCGACUGAAGCCAACAGCGAGCAACAUCGUCUGAUACACGAACGAACGCUGAUCUGUGUGAUUUGUGCAACUGGGCGGGAGCACAAGUCUCACAGCUUCAUGCCGGUUAAAGAAGCUGUUGAAACCUACAAGGAUCAAGUGAAAUCUUCCAUCCAGUCUCUCACAAAAAAGGAAUCGGAGAUCCAGCAAAUGGAACAGCAACAGAUACAGAAGAUUUCUGCAGUUCUGGAACAGUCACACAACUUUCAGUCACAGAUCACAUCCCAGUAUGCUGAACUGCACCAGAUUCUCACUGAAAAAGAGCAGCGCGCACUGGCAAAUAUCCGGGAGGAAGAGAAGAAGAUUCUAAAUACAAUGGAGAAAAAUCUUGGAGAGAUUCAAGAGAAUUUAAAUUCCAUUGAGAACGAAGUCAAAAGGUUACAGGAACUGCUGGAUCUAAAAGACGUGUCAUUUUUGAAGGAGGAAGCUGGUCGCAAGAUGAGGAUUUGUGAUGAAGCUAAAUCACUAUCAGUUGUAGAUGGUGCCUUGCCGAUCGAAGGAUUUGAUAAUCCCUUUAUGCUCAACGUAUUAAGAGAAACAACUGAUAUCAUCAAGCAAGUCUCCGUCGCCCUGGAUGUGGAAACAGCGCAUCCGGAUCUAGAGGUGUCUGAGGAUCAGAAGAGGGUGAGACUGACCCGGACCCACAGGAGUCUCCCCGACACCGGGAAGAAGUUUACAGUCAGUCGGUGUCUGGUGGGAACGGAGGGAUUCACAUCGGGGAGAUAUUACUGGGAGGUGGAGGUGGUGGGGAGUCGGUUCUGGAGUCUGGGUGUCGCCGCAGAGUCUGUGGAGAGGAAGAGACGGGUCAUACUGACCCCGGAUACUGGCGUCUGGAGCAUCAGGGGGUGGGGUGGCGGGUUUGAUGCACUCACCUCCCCUCGAUCCCGUCUUCCCGCCCGUCCCAUCCCCGGGAGGGUGGGAGUUUAUCUCAGUUACGAGUCCGGGACAGUUUCAUUUUACGACGCGGACAUCAAGUCCCAUCUCCACACCUUCACUGGGAAUAAAUUCAUGACGAAACGGUAUCCUUUCUUCGGGCCUUGGGAUUAAAACAACUGGCUGAGAAUCUGCUCCGGUUCCGCUCCGGGUGUGUAAAAGGGUCGGGUCCCGGGACCGGUGUCAGGAGCGGGGCUCAGGGGCUGUGGGGCAGAAACCCGGUGGACAACAGGUCGGCGCUGAACGGCUCCCAUUUAAUCCACAAAUUAUGUGUCGUAAAACCCCAGUGAGCUCGAAAAUAAAACCAGGGGGAAUGUAAAUGUGGGAAGAGUGAAAUAAACAGCAACUGCAAUCA